GAGCGCGGGAACUGGCUCCUGGACGCCGACAUUUUCUCACCGAACGCCUACGUUAGAAAAGCAAUGGGCGAGUUCAAGGAGUCCCAGGAGCGCAGCGGCCAGCAGGGGGCGGCGCCAGCGCCAGCAGGGCCGGCAGAAGAGGGCGCCAGCAGGGCCCGCUUGCCCCCCGGCGGCUUUGAGGAGCUGCUCCUCUCCUCGGACCAGGAGGGGAAACCCGAGUCGGAGGAGAGCAAUGUGGAGGAGGACGAGGAGGCAAAUGACGAGGUCGCGGACUCCGCGCCCCCGUCGAGCGCCCUUGAGGCCGCGGCGUUGAGUCGAGGGCGCCCCUUUGCUGACAUCGAGGGCGCGCCGGGGCCCGGGCCGCCGGGCAGCAAGCAGUGGGCGACCCCAGUCGCCCAGCAGGAGGCCCCCAGCACUAGAGAUGACGCCCAGGCCGCUCAGCCCAUUCCAGCAGAGGCCCCCAGGGAUGACGCCCAGCUUAUUCCAGCCAGAGAUGACGGCCGCAACGCCAGCCCGAUCCCACAGCGUCAGGCCGACCUCCAGGAGGCGGCGCCAACAGGGCCAGCACGGGAGGGCGCCAGCAGGGCCAGCGGAAGCUUGCCCCCAAGCGGCCAUGCGGAGCACGAGGAGGGGAAACCCGAGUCUGAGGAGAGAGAGGAGGAGGACGACGUGGCAAAGGACGAGGUCGCGGACUCCGCGCCCGCGCCCCCGUCGAGCGCCCUUGAGGCCGCGGCGUUGAGUCGAGCUCGCUCCUCUGCCGACGUUGAGGGCGCGCUGGGCGCGCUGGGGCCGCCAGGCAGCAAGCUGGAGGCGACCUCAGUCACCUGGCAGGAGGCCCCCAGAGAUGGCGACCAGCCCGUUCCAGCAGAGGCCCCCAGAGAUGACGCCCAGCCCAUUCCAGCCAGAGAUGGCGGCCGCAGC